UGUUUAUCAAGACCAAGGUGGCGUCAGGGAAGGCAAAUGCACAUACUAUGAAGAAGAAGGUUGUUUUAGAGUCUGAUUUGCGAGGAGAACGAGCUGAAUGGUUGAAAACACAGUUAGAAGGUCAUGAAGAGCACACCAAGUGAAAGAUUAAAUGUAGAUCUGUUUAUGAAGCGAUUGCUAUUAAAUAUCCAUCAGUGAAUCCUGUGAAGAAAGCCUUUCCCUUUGUGAAACGACAGAAUUAUCACCCCAGAAAUGGUAGUUCUGAAAGCUAUUACUACAGUAUCAGGGAAAUUUAUAAGCCUGAAGAGGUGGCUAGCACGGAGCAGGGCAAAGAAACAAAUCUACCUCACGAGAAUGAAGCCAUCAAUCAGUUGAGAAAAUGCGUUGCCGAAAAGAAGAAGUGGUAGGUCUAAAGUUAAAAAUCUAAAAAGAUUGGAGAUGAAUUAUAAUGACUCACUCGAAAGUAUAAGGAGCCUUCAGAAGCAGAAAAAGACGCUUUCUCAAAUAGUCAAUGACCUGGAAGAACAAAGACUGRAGCAACAAAGUGUACACAGUAUGGCUACAGUAAAUCCACCACAAAAUGAGGUUGAUCAUAUCAGUAGUAGAUUGACCGAAAUUCCUGUUGACCACCUAAUACCUCUACAAACACUAAGAAUUAAGGAAGCGUCAAUAAUUAUUGGUUCUGGUAGCUAUGGAACAUGUGAACUAAUGAGUUGGAAAAACAUUCAUGUUUGUGUUAAAAAGGCCCACUCCACUACUGAUAUUUCAGUAGUUAAAAAGGAGGCAGCUAUUUUACACCAACUGCAGCAAUCACUUUUUGUUCCGGUUCUUCUCGGUAUCCACCUGUCAUCUGCACCUUACUGUAUUGUGACAAAGUUCCACUCUGUCAGACCAGAAAGCUCUGUCACUCUACAUAAGGCUAUUCACAGUUCAGCAAUUAUAGAACAAAACAAGUGGAUGAACAUCUUAAUCAAAUGUGGAACUGGCAUUAAAUCAAUUCAUAAUUUUGGAAUUUUACAUAAUGACCACCAGAAAAAUGUUAUUCUAGAUAAAAUGCAUGGUCAUACACAUCCUAUCAUUAUUGACUUUGGUAAAGCAUGCAAAAUUGGCAAAGGAAGAUGUCGUAAUGUUCAAAACUUCAAUGCUUACAGAGACCAACAUCCUUGGAUUGCUCCAGAGAACAUUUCUGGAAAACAUGAGGAGUCAGAAGCCAGCGACUUAUUUGGUUUUGGGUACAUUAUAAGCAAAGUGAACUGUAAGCUUGGUUGUGCAAGCUUAAAAGAGUUGUCAGAACGUUGCCAAAGUAAAAGGGAUAUCCRACCAACAAUGGAUAAUAUCAUCGCCUCACUACAAAACAUGAUGAUAUCAUAGAGYUUAUGAUCAUGAAGAGGUAGCAUAUUGACUGCAUUAUACUGUAAUAAUAAUAAUAAUAACAAUGAAUAGCUCUUAUUAACCGAGUGCAAGGUCCUUAGUGUAAGUUAUGGACCAAAUUUUUUCCUCUAUCUUAUGGCCCAAGCGCAUAGAGUGAGGGCCAUAAAAAGUGAAAAAAAAACAAGGAUCCAUAACUUACACUAAUAGAACCUUGCACUUGGUUAAUAAGAGCAAACAAGUUUAAUAAGAUAUUUAUUAAAUGGCAAGGCUACCAAAAGACCAAUYAUAGCAUGUGAAAUUACCUUUGUGUAAUAAUAACAUUUAUUUAGACAUGAUAAGUAUUAGUGUUGUUGACGUGGUCAUGUGUUACAAUAAUUAUUAUGUAGUAUGAAUAGUCUCCCUUUCUCUCUACUCUGUCACUCACUCUAUGCUCUCUAUACACUUAUUUGUCUAUAUCUACUAUAACUACCUAUAAGCACUCAAUGUAACUCUACUCUUUGACUACUCACGCUCUAUAUAUGUAGAUAUAAACUUUAUUAUAAUGGCCAUAUCUAUUGAACAGUUUCAUAUUUUUAAGGAAUACUUUUAGGGAGUGUUCAUAAUAUAGUAGAAGGGAGAGCUUAGUGAUGGUUUUAGAUUUUCCCCCAUAUAGUUUUUGGGAGUCCCCUAAAAUUUAUUUCGCUUACCUUUUUCCUAGCACCCCUUGUAAAAUAUGCUCAAGCAAAGGUGAAAUACCAUGACCCCCUCCUCCAUUAUAGACGUAACCACUAACAAUGCAUAUCCUUUAUAAUGACUAUGAAACAAGUCAUUAUUAUUUGAAAAAUGAUUAUAUGUCAACAUUCUCAGGUUCAGUCCAAGGCCCAUUGGUAACAAACAUUUCAGAGUCUAAUGCAAAUGAACAGAUUAUACAUUAUGACAGAUAAAAUUUUCAGAAUCCCAUUUCAUGGAUUUUCAAUUUUUAGAGCCAUGCUGCAGUCUGUCUAUUAAAUAUAAUUAAUAUGUUCCUGAAAAAAUUAUCUUGGUUGGUGGCUAUAUCCUGAUUGAAAUGUUUACAAUCAACUGCCUAAUUAGAUUUAGACCCUUUAAAAUCAUUGCAAUUUAUUGCAACAUUGGGAAUAUUUACGCUAGACCCUGCUGAGUUCAUAUUGAACUGGGGAUGAAGUGAUUGAAGCCACCCCCUCCCUCUAUACCUUCUUCCACAGUGAGAGGAAUUUUUUGAAAACCCACUGCUCACUUAAUAAUAUUGCAAGGCACUGAUUUUAAGUGUAAGAGUUGAAAAAGUUGCGAAAGAAUACAGAGGCCAAUAUGUAAAUAUUAAUUAACUGCAAAAGCAAUCUUCAAAAUAAUACCUUGUUCACUUGUUAGGCCAAUCAGAGAACAGAAAUUAAACAAAAGAAUUCUU